CGGCGCUAUACCUUUCUCACGAUCUCACCCCCACACCAACACUCCCAGUCAACCCCAGUCGGCGACUCCCUCUUCUCUGACCACCACCGUAAACUGCUUGUCAGAGAUCACUCGCUUCUCUACCUCGCGUUCGUCCUGUCUUCAUCGCUUUCCUCCACUCUUUGCCCCGUUGGUUCUGCGGUUCAGACAUUCAGCCACCGUGGUUCCGUCGCCGUUCGCACCGCUUCGCCGUCCUUUGUUCUGGGCUUCUCACCGCGUCGCCGUCAUCCGUUCUCACUGCAUCGCCGUCAUCAGUUCUUGCUGCCUUGCCGUCAUCUGUUCUCGUCAACGUUCCGUCCUCCAUUCUCGCCGCCUUACCGUCCUCCAUUCCCGCCGGUUCGCCGUCUGCCGUUCAGCAUCUGGUUGACUGGUUUUGCCUGGAGUGUUGUUCAGCGUUUUGCUUCACUUUUUGUUGCUUUGUAUCUGCGUGUUGAUUCUGCCGCUCAGCCGCUGCUGCCACCACCCCACCCCUCAAUCAUGACGGCGGCGUCUAAUUCCACAGCCACUCAAGUGGAUUCCCUGGAAAAUUAGGUUUUAAAUCAAUAAUCAAUAAUCUGAAUCUGUGAUCAAUCACUGAGGAUGGUGCUGGUGUUGGCUCUUGGGGAUUUACACAUACCACAUAGGGCUCCUGAUCUCCCUGCUAAGUUCAAAUCCAUGCUUGUUCCUGGCAAGAUCCAACACAUUAUUUGUACAGGGAACCUUUCUAUCAAGGAAGUUCAUGACUACUUAAAGACUCUUUGUCCAGACUUGCAUAUAACUCGUGGCGAGUAUGACGAAGAUACAAGAUAUCCAGAGACCAAAACACUGACCAUUGGUCAGUUUAAGCUGGGACUAUGCCAUGGUCAUCAGGUUAUUCCCUGGGGAGACCUAGACUCACUUGCAAUGCUACAGAGGCAGCUAGAUGUAGACAUCCUUGUCACAGGUCACACACACCAGUUUACCGCAUACAAACACGAAGGCGGUGUGGUUAUAAAUCCUGGUUCUGCAACAGGCGCCCAUAGCAGCAUCACUUAUGAUGUGAAUCCGAGUUUUGUCCUCAUGGACAUUGAUGGCCUGCGUGUUGUGGUAUACGUAUAUGAACUUAUCGAUGGAGAGGUUAAGGUUGACAAGAUUGACUUUAAGAAAACAGCCUCCAUCCACACUGCCCAUUAGGCACUUGUAUCUUGGUCUUGAUCUCCCUGUAUCGUUUUAAAUUUGGUGUUUUUAGUGGUUUUUCUUUCAUCCCUUUUUUCACUUUGUAAAGGGUAUUCUGCUUUAGUUUUAUUCUGUUUUGGUGACUGUAAAAACCUUAUUAUAAACUACACCGAAAAAGAAGUCUCGGACUUUCGGUAUUCUUAGAAUUUGAUUAACUUGUCA